AUGAGCGCCCUGCUGGCCAACCUCCGGCCGCCCGCUCCGCCCACAAACAUCGCCUCGGCCACUGACGCGCGGCUCUUCGACGCUGUGCCGCUCAACGAUGCGCUCAGCGAUGCCCUGCUGGUCCACGCCAGCCCGGACGCCCGCCCGCGCCGCGACUCCCCGCAGACAUCGGACUUUUCUCCACACACGUACAGCUACGAUGCUCUGAACCAGUUCAUAGCCAGCGGACAGUGGCGUGCCCUGGCGCUGGCCAGCGCCGCAACCAUCACAAAACACACCGACGACCCGCUGCGCCUAUGGACGUACCGGGCAUUGGCGCUGCGCCAGCUGCAGUGUUCGGAGCAGGCCGAGCGCGAGCUCCACCGGCUGUCGCGGGUCGUGGCAUCCCGGACAUGGCCGUUUGAGCUGCGGCUUUUGCGUGCAUGUCUGGGCGCGCCCGCCCAGUGCAUUGCGCGGCUGAGUGUGCUAUUGCGCGGGUGCCGUCGCAGGCAGCAGAAAAUAACGGAUGGCAGCGAAAUGGCGGCUAAUGGAGCGCGGAUGUUCCGCCUGUCGCUGCUGCUAGCGGGCCAGGCCAUGCUGCUGAAAGGACGCAAUGCUGACAACGCAGAUUCUGGAUUCGCUGACCGAGACAACCAACCCAUUGCUUCUCUGGGCAACGUGCAGGCGGCCGAGCGCCAGUUCGUCAAGGUCGAGUCCCUGGUGCCGGCCUCCGACCGCCUGGCAGUAAUGAACCGGGCACUGUUCGCCAUGGCCACCGGCAAAUGGGCUGCUGCCAAGCAGCUAUUCGCUAGUGUGAACGAAGGUGCACCUCCCGAUACCUGCGUGGCGGCGAAUAAUAACAUGGCCCUGUGCGAGCUGUACCUGGGCAGCCCCAGUGAAAUGCUAGCGAGUCUGCAGAAGACCAUGGCUGGGGCGCCAACAGGCGCGGGUACCGCAGAGCCAGUGGUGUUUAACUACUGCACGGGCUUGGAUUUGCACUACGACGGAGCGAGGCUGCGCGACAUGAAGGCGCGCACCAUGGCUGAGGUCGGCAAGUGGGCUGGAGAUGGCUUUGAUGUAGCCGCGUUCAAGAUGCAGUAA